UUCAUCUUUCAUCUUGGCGACAAUUUUCAAAAAUCCCCAAAUCUCUAAUCAAAAUCCCUAAUCCAACAAUUUUUAGAAAUCCCAAAUCACAUAUUUUCGGAUUUCUGUGUUAAAGGUUUUGGAUGCUGUAUCUGACUAUACCGAUUCCGAGUCGUUAUUUUAAUUUCAGUAUAUCACUGCUCACUGCGAUUUCUGGAUUCCGAGUCGUCUCUUUGAUUACAAGCCUUGUUCGACAUUUGCUUCAAUCUAGAAUGGAUUCACAGACAAUACAUGGUUACACUUUCUCUUCUAGACAGCUUUAGCUAUCAAGAUGGCAAGGGAAGUGAUUAGAUCAGAAAGUGUAUCAAUGCCUGAUAAGCCCUGCGCCAUUCCUGAAAAAUCUGAGACUUUUGUUGGCAGAGGAGGUGGCGCUGCAAAACAGGGCCCUGACAGGCGUUUCCAGAGCAAAAGGACACGGGAACAGCCUCGGAGGGAUGGUGCAGCCUCGACAGCUCCUGGUGAUUUAAGCUUUGAGAAGAAACGCCAAAAACUGAAUUCUAGUGUUCCAUCCUCGCGUCCCUGCUUUUCUUCACGACAAACUUCUGAGGCUUCAAACCCACCAAACCGUAAAGGCGCCAAGGCUCUCAAAAGAGUAGCCUCUGGCUCAAACAUAACCAAAAAUGUUGUCCCAAUUGGUCCUGGUUUCCAGGCCGAAAUUCCGGUUUGGAUUGCCCCUACCAAGAAGGGCAAAUUUUAUGCUAGUCCCGGAGAUUCCGACACUCUUAGAUGGCUGGGAACUGGUGUGUGGCCAACAUAUAGCCUAAAGAAGAAAACUUACUGCAAAAAACUCGGCCAAGGAAGAUCCGACUCUUGUUCCUGUGCUUCGCCAAGAUCAACCGGUUGCCUACAACAACACAUUAGAGAAGAAAGGGAGCUUCUAGAAAAAGAAAUUGGCCGUGCUUUCUAUACUUGGAAGUUUGAUCAAAUGGGUGAAGUCGGAGCCAAAUCAUGGACGGCCAAAGAAGAGCAAAGGUUCGAAGCUCUUGUGAGAAACAACCCUAUGUCAAGUAGUAAAGGGUUUUGGGGGAUUGCUUCCAAGGCUUUCCCAAGGAAGAGUGAGAAGGAUCUCCAUAGUUACUACUAUAACGUUUUCCUCAUCAAACGUAUGAGAUUGCUUGUUAAUAAUACUUCUCCUGACGACAUGAAUAGCGAUGAUGACCAGUCUCAUGACUUCUUUGCGGGAUGAAGGCCUUAUCGAUAGCCGUAGCUUUCUCUGGAUUACAAGGUAAUUCACUCCUCCGUUCUACUAGUAACUCAAGUUUCUUCCAGGUUCUUGAUACCCUAGUGGUUCAAGAACAUGUUCCUUUUCCCCCUUGAGCUUUUCUGUCGUAAGAUUUUGUUAAAAGAGAUCCUUAAUAGGGUAAAAACACCAAAUCCAAAUGUCUUUUUCUUAAUUACCUUUUUUCACUCUUCAUGAACAUGAAACUGGUCUUGAAUAUUUCGAAUUUGGGACCUUUAUUUUCUUAGAUCUUUUGAGGGUAUUAGGAAAGUCCAUGAUUACCCUUUUUAUUCUUCUAUAGGCAUCAAAGUUCCAUCUCAAAGUGCCUUAACCGAUCUAAUGUGUUCCAAAUCAAAAUAAGUGAU